UUUGCAUUGUGCUGGUUUCCUUUGCAUUUUAAUUGCCCUCUUUCCUCCUGUAGCUGAUCAAAUCGUAUCGCUGGAUUUUACCUUUUCCCCCCGCUCUCCUUUUUUCUCUUUGCCAGCCGCUCACAUUCACACAUGGAAGGAGUAGCCUGACAUUUGAUGUCUCCUUGCUUCCUCAUUUCAAUAUUAACUGUUUACCAGAAGAGAAACCGGUUUGAGGUUAGGGUGCUGAGUGUGUGCAUGUCUCUGGGUGUCAGCAAGAGCUUUUUUCCCCUCUGUCCCUUCACAGCUCUAGGUCAUCACGCUGAGCUGCCUGAAACUGGCCAAUGCUAUUUAUCACCAGCUUGACUUCAGCAGAGACAAGUCUGUGGAUGUUCUUCGCUUUCUGCUUCGGCUUGGGUAGAGCAACGAGGCUCAGGGCUGAGGCUGCUCUCCCCUGAGAACCAACUUGGUGAAGGAUUCCUCCCCCUCUACAGAGUGAUAAUAAUGACACAGCUACAGUUUAAAGAUGCAUUUUGGUGCAAGGAGUUCACCUUACACACUGGCUAUGAGGUGCUCGUACAGCGGCUGUUGGAUGGGCGGAAGAUGUGCAAAGAUGUGGAGGAUCUGCUCAAGCAGAGAGCACAAGCAGAAGAGAGAUAUGGGAAAGAGCUGAUCCAAAUUGCCCGAAAAGCAGGAGGACAAACAGAAAUCAACACGCUGAAGGCAGCAUUUGAGAGGCUCAAGCAACAAAUCGAAAGUGUUGGGAACUCUCACAUCCAGCUGGCAGCAAUGCUGAAGGAUGAACUGAAAGGGAUCGAGGAGUUCCGAGAAAGACAGAAGGAACAGAGAAAAAAGUAUGAGUCUGUCAUGGAGCGCAUGCAGAAGAGCAAGUUGUCCCACUACAAGAAAACAAUGGAGUCAAAGAAGACCUACGAACAGAAGUGCAAGGAGGCGGACGAGGCCGAGCAGUCCUUUGAACGGAUGAGUGCUGCAGGCAAUCAAAAACAGACAGAAAAGAGUCAAAACAAAGCCAAGCAAUGCAGAGACGCAGCAAAUGAAGCAGAGAACAUGUACAAACUGAAUAUCGAGCAGCUGGAUAAGGUCAGGACAGAGUGGGAACAGGAACACAUCAAAACCUGUGAGGUAUUCCAGCUCCAGGAGUGUGACCGCAUCACCAUUCUCCGCAACUCAUUGUGGGUUCACUGCAACCAGCUCUCCAUGCAGUGUGUGAAGGAUGACGAGCUGUAUGAAGAGGUUCGGGUAAGCUUGGAGAACUGCGUUGUAGAGUCUGACAUAGACUACUUCAUUAAGACCAAAAUGACAGGAACACAACCUCCAGAUGCAAUAGGAUAUGAGAACUACUACAGCAGAGAAGCAAACAGGAGCAACAGCAGCCCUACCCAGUCUUGUGGGAUGAUGAAGAGAUUUUCUGGACUAUUGCAUGGAAGCAGCAAAAACAACACUGAGAGCGCCGCUCCCUCAGCCCCUCCUCUAGCAGAGAAAACAGACAGAGUCUAUGCAUCCAUUUUUGUAAAUGAACAAGCUGGAAUCACAUCAUCACAGGACUACAGAGUACUUUAUGACUACACAGCUCAGAACAUGGAUGAACUGGACAUCAGUGAAGGAGACAUUGUAGUUGUCAUUGAAGAAAAUGAGGAUGGCUGGUGGACAGUAGAAAGGAAUGGACAGCGAGGCUUUGUGCCAGGGUCUUACCUUGAAAAGCUUUGAUGAAAAGAAGCCCCAGACCUCAGACUUUAAAAAUAUCCUAUUACUGAAAUCAAACUGCACACGAGGUCUGCUUCAGCUGACAGGGGACAACCCACAAUAACGUCCUCUGCAAUUACCAGUCAGGAAAUAACCACUGACCAUGCUUUCCUCUUCCCUCCUGCCCUAUCCCAGCACCUCCUGGCCUACAGUGCCCGCAAAAACCUUGAAGAAACUAGGACUUGUUUUUCUUAUCACAGUUCUCCCUACCCUCUGCACACUGUGCUGCCAUCAAUGUCGCAAAGCCUGGUGAAAAAUCCUGCCCACAAUUUAACUGCACUAAAAGAAAAAGAUCAAGGAAGCAAGUGUUGUUUCUCCAAGAUGGAGGAGGAGCCACUCUCACAGUCACAGCAGACACGUUCUCUGCUUGGAACCCCUCCCCGAGCUGCACAGCGCAUGCAAGCAUUUUUGACAGUGGGGUGGGAAGCACACUCUGAAAGCAGACAGCUUUUAGUGUCACAGGGUCUUGGCUGCACAAGACCGGGAAGAAGCUCUCUUAAGUUCCUUUUAUCAGCCCCCUUACAGCACAUGGGUAACCAGGGAGAAAGGUGGGAACCCUUCACUGUUUUUUAUCAGAGGCACUGAUGAAAAUAUGAAAAUAAAAAUAAAAAAAAAUGAAUGCAGCUAGAGAGGAGCACCUGAAGGACCGAGACACAUCAGUAGAAAGAAAAUAUGAGGCACUCCCCAUCACAGCCCUCUCCUAACACAGUGAAAUCCAUGGCAUCCACGGCUCUGCUUGGUGCUGGAUUCUGGGGCAGAAAAACAAGGACAGAUGAUGAGCCCAGGGCUUGCUUUUGCCUUCAUUGGAUGGCUUCCCUGACACCUCCCUGGCGUUUUUCAUGUUUAAACCACCAACAACAAAACCACCAAAAAAACAAAGCCUCCAGCAGGGCUGCACCACCCUGCUCCCUCUCCUCCAAGCACCAGCAGGAAGUGCCAGUUACAUCCUCAUGCAAUCUCCAUCUCCGUGUCAUCAGUGCACCUCCUUUCAGCUCCUCUGCCCACCUGGCUGAGCCUCUCCUCCUCUGCCCACAGGCUUCUGUCUCUAACCACUAUCCACAGCCUCUGAGCCUCUGGGGCUGCUGGCACGGACGUGUCCUGAUUCCUUUCCAGGCACUUUUAAUGUGCCUGUUCUUCAACAAACCCCUUUCAGAGAAGUCACGCUGUGCAGGUUCGCUGUAUUACACAGAUUUCAGCUCUAUCAGUCUUUCUAGGUUAGUAUUUAAGAACAUUUCCAACUGCCACUGUGCUUACCAAGGGAUCGAUGGAUACUUUCUGCCACUCUUCCCUUUUCAUUAUUUUGAGAUGGUUAAAAAAAGAAAUAAAAAUCUGCAAUUUAAUCUGAAGCAGUGUGCACUAUUUCUGGGGGCAGAGUGACCUUGUUUGCCAAGGUUUCAGUGUUAAAACUGAACCAAGUCAAUGAAAAUGAAUCAAAUUGCUAACAAAAUAGGCACAGAGCAGGAAGGAACUGUUAGUAGGACACAGGAGGAAAGACAAAGAAAAAUCUCGACAGAAGAAAAAGCCAUAAUAGUCAAUGUAAUUAUUCCUUAAAUGAUACAGAAUGAAGGUCAGAGGCACCUGCAGUACCUUAUUGUAAUUUCUUGCUUCAAGUACAGAAUAAAAGUUGCUGCGGGCCCUUUUUCUUCAGUUCCCUGCAGUCUUUUGUGCAGGCACACUUGUCCUUCCCACACUUCCCCAAGUUAUUUAUGCAGUACAACUGCAUCAGAGCUGAAGGGCUCUUAGCCCCUCACAUAGCACAGACUCAGAGGAGCUGCAGGAACUUGAAUAGCAUUUUAGGCACUAGGUGACACAGACAGCAGGGUGUGUUCAGGCUGAAGAUGUUAACAACAGGUUUUUGUGAAUGUGUCUGAACUGAACAGUGAUGGGAAGAUGAUCCACAAUAGCCUUCAAGUACUCCACCACACUGUCAAUGUAGCCCUCAGACAACUACAACAUCGCCCAUUAUGUACACCAUGAGACGAAACAAAGUAAGAGAGAUUUAAUAUAUUUGCUUCUUAAACACACGGUCUUCCACAAAGAGGACUGUAGCAAACCAACAAAUAAAUAAAUAAAUAAAUGUAGAAAUUUUGCAGAUUAUCCUAAUCAAGGAGGAAAAAAAAUAAAACUAUUGAGAUGCAUCUCCUCUAAUUAUAUGUGACACGGGUAUUUUGCUAACACUCCUCAUUUCUCUGAGGGCCCAGAGAUCAUCACAAGACACUGCAGUUCCCAGUCCUGGUUACCCUGAAGUCCUCUUUCAGCUCAUCUUUGCUUACCCAUACCACAUGAUCCACACCUCUGACAGCCGGUAGAAUGGUGGCUGCUUUUCUACCCCACAAAAUCAUGUCAUAUUUUUGCUGUUAAAUUCAGGAAAAUUGUUUCCUUUCUAUCUGUCCCUUCCUCUGUCAAGUAAAUACUGUUAUAGCAAGAGGCUAUAGAUCAUUUCACAGCACUUGGGUCCCACAUGCUAACUCCAGACCAUUCAGGUAAUGAAAAAGCAGCAGCAAUGUUUCUUCACGAUUCCUCAGGAUUCCUCUGCUUUACAUUGAAGAAUGAUGUAACUACUGAUAAGCAGCUACAAAGCCAUAUCUAGGCAGUUUGCGCUAUCAGUGUGGCAGCACUUGUCAGAAAUAGCACAGACAUAUGGAGAAAUACCCACACCCUCUCAAUACGCCCACAUUUUAGGUGUCAUCCACUCCCGUCAGUAGGAAAAGCAGGAAGGUCAAGAGUAAGUUACUGCCUUAAUAAUAUUGCCGUAAUAGCAGUGCUUCCUCUACAGUUUUGUACUACUUGGACAACAAAACUGAUCAUUCAAGUAAUCAUUUACUUUUCAGAGAAGAUGGGAAACUGGAAUGGGCCCCUUCCAGAGGGGGCAUUCAUAAAUAAAUGCCAAUGUUAUUCAAACAAACACUUUGGAUAAGCCUCCACUUUCAUUUUGACUAUCAAUAUUUAUAAGGAGGUGCCAAGCUACAUGCAAGGACAAAACAACAGUGGUAAAGUUGUGUGCCUGUCAAGCUAACUCCUGUUUCACUGCACACUCAUAGUAAGCACACUGCCUCCUUACUGACACUGCCGGUGGGUGGGUUUACACACAAGAAGCUGUUCCUAGAGAGCAAAGAAUACGCUUUUACCAGCUGUUCUGCAAGGGGGGCACCUCAUUACCUACCUACUGCCUGUGGCUGGGAUGUAUAUACUGAUAGACUAUUAAAGAGAAAUUAUAAUAAUGUUACUGAGCUGUUUUUGACUUAGCACUGCUGGACUUCAGUGUGCACAACAAAUACUUUAUGCUGAACAAUUUCAGAUCCAUAACAGUUAACUCUAGAAAUUCUGAUUAGACCAUA